CUAGCCCUGGACAUGGCCCGGGCGUAGGCCAGGGAUUGCCCAAGCUGCAAGUCGGGAAGGAUCAGACACACCACAGCAGUGCAACGAUUUUUUCUGGAGGGGAGUCUCUAAUCUCGACUUGUUUGCCUUCGUCCGAAUCAAGCGGACGACUGUCAGUGUACUUGCCGCUCAGGCUUCUCCUCUUUGAUCGCUGCUGGCAAGGAGAAAGGAGAGCCAAGAUGGGGUCGUUAUUUCGCUCCGAGGAGAUGACGCUGGCCCAGCUGUACUUGCAGGCAGAUUCCGCCUACUAUUGCAUCAGCGAACUGGGCGAAUUGGGUCUCGUCCAAUUCAGAGACCUGAAUCCCGACGUGAACGCUUUCCAGCGCAAGUAUGUCAAUGAAGUUCGUCGCUGUGACGAGAUGGAGCGCAGACUCCGCUUCCUGGAGAAGGAGAUAAACAAGGCUGAAAUCCCAGUGGUGGACAGUGGCGAGUUGCCCGAUGCACCGCCGCCUUCGGACAUGAUGGAGCUUGAGAAUCAGUUUGACAAGCUGGAGGUGGAAAUUCGUGAGAUCAACGCCAACCAAGAACGUCUCAACCGCAACUUUUUGGAGCUCACAGAGCUGAAGCACAUCCUCAGACAGACCGCCCAUUUCUUUCAAGAAGCAGAGGUGGCUAUGGGUCAGAGUGGCGACUUUAUAGGAACAGAGGAUGAAGCAGCUUUGCUGGAGGAUGUCCGCGCCCACAGCAGCCCUCUGUCAUUUGUUGCUGGUGUGAUCAACCGUGAUCGUGUUCCCACGUUUGAGCGUCUGCUGUGGCGUGCUUGCCGUGGAAAUGUCUUCCUACGCCAUCAGGAGAUCGAUGGCGAGCUGAAAGACCCCGUGACGGGUGAUCCCAUGAACAAGAGUGUCUUCAUACUCUUCUUCCAAGGUGACCAGCUGCGGUCUCGUGUGAAGAAGAUCUGUGAGGGUUUCCGUGCUACUCAGUAUCCAUGCCCGGACACUCCUGCUGAGCGCCGUGAGAUGGCAAUGGGCGUUGCCACCCGUAUUGAGGAUCUCAGCACCGUCCUGAGCCAGACCCUGGACCAUCGCUAUCGUGUUCUGCAGGCCAUUGCGAAGAAUAUCAACGGCUGGAUUGUCAAGGUGAAAAAGAUCAAAGCUAUCUACCACACUCUGAACCUGAUGAACGUGGAUGUGACGCAGAAGUGUCUGAUCGGAGAAUGCUGGUGCCCCGUCACCAACCUCGAUGACAUCCAGUACGCGCUUCGCCGUGGACAUGAGCGGAGUGGCUCGUCCGUGAUGCCCAUCCUGAACGUGAUGUCCAGUGGUAUGAACCCGCCAACUUACCACAAGGUCAAUAAGUUCACUUCCGGCUUUCAGAACAUCAUCGACGCGUACGGUGUUGCUAGUUAUCGGGAAGUCAAUCCUGCUCCAUUCUCUAUCAUCACGUUCCCCUUCAUCUUUGCCGUCAUGUUUGGCGACUGUGGACACGGCUUUCUGAUGUUCCUUUUUGCGCUCACUCUCGUGCUCAAGGAAAAGCAGCUCGGGUCCGGGAAGAGUGGAGAGAUCUUCGGCACAUUCUUCGGUGGUCGCUAUAUCAUUCUGUUGAUGGGUGCCUUCUCCAUGUACACUGGUCUUGUGUAUAAUGAUUGCUUCUCCAAAUCCUUCAACAUAUUCGGCUCGUCGUGGAGUAUCAAUGAUACCGUUUUGAACAACACACCCGAGGAGGGAACGGUAGAACUGCAGCUUGGAGAAUUCACGGACUUCCACACGCACAACCCUUAUCCGUUUGGCCUUGAUCCCAUCUGGCAGGUGACCACUAACAAGCUGGAGUUCACCAACUCCUACAAGAUGAAAAUGUCCGUCGUCCUCGGAGUGACUCAGAUGAUGUUCGGCGUCGUCCUGGGCCUCUUCAAUCACAUGUUCUUCCGCCGAUACAUCAACAUUGUCGGAUCAUUCAUUCCAGAAGUUCUCUUCCUUGGAGGAAUCUUUGGCUACUUGGUGUUCAUGAUCUUCUUCAAGUGGAUAGCAGUGGAUACAUACACACAGGCCAGCAAUGCUGGGGCACCUAGCUUGCUGAUCAUGUUGAUCAACAUGUUCCUGAGCUUUGGCAGUGUCAAGCCGGAGAAUAUUUUCUACAGCGGACAGGCUGCAGUCCAGUCGUUCUUGGUGGUGAUGGCAGUGCUGGCUGUACCGUGGAUGCUUUUGAUGAAACCAAUCUACACUGUCGUCAAGCGCAAUCGAGCUAAGUCUACCUACACAGUAUUUUCAGAGGACGAAGAGGGUGGUGGUUCAGUGCAGGAAGAUGGUGCACAAGCCGUGCAGCACACUGAGCACAGCCACGAGGAGGAAGCCAGCACCGGCGAUGUGUUCGUGCACCAGGGCAUCCACACCAUUGAGUUCUGCCUGGGCUGCAUUUCCAACACCGCAUCCUACCUGCGUCUCUGGGCUCUCAGUCUGGCCCAUGCGGAGUUGUCUGAAGUGCUGUGGAACAUGGGCAUGCGAAUAGCCACGAAACAAACUGGCGGUGUUGGCCUCAUUGCCGUCUUCGCUAUCUUUGCUAUGUGGGCUGCUGAGACGGUUGCGAUCCUGUUGGUGAUGGAGGGACUGUCUGCAUUCUUGCACGCUCUACGUCUUCACUGGGUCGAGUUCAACAACAAGUUCUACGUUGGUGAGGGCUACAAGUUCCAGCCGUUUUCCUUUGCCUUGAUACUGGACGGCAGUGACGACUUCUAGGCGUGGCGGCGUCCACAGACUGGAGUUGGUGAUGUGAUCCUUUCCCGCCUUCCACUAUUCCACGUUUGUUCAAAUGUGCAUACUGAUGCCAUGUCGUAUUGUUUCCUAGCCGACUCCAUGUAUACGUGUGUUCACACUUCUUGGCUAUGAGUAUGAGUUCUUAGUCGCUAGACUAACUUACUACUCUUCCCAAUGUUCCAUAGUCUAUCUUGCUUUCUAAAUUAAAUAUUUCUCUGUCAAGCUUUUCUUAGCUCUGUUACUGCGGUGAAUCGCUGGCGCCAGUGCUCUACUAAGCUGCGCUGCACUGGUGGAUUCUUACACUGAUUGCCUUCAAAAAAAAACAUCACAUGCUAUUGGUGACAUGCCAUUAAUUUUAUAUGCAAAGGUAUUCUAGGUUCUUUUUGCUGUUGGGUUUGCAUUGGCCUCGAGUGCGUGUACUUCAGAAGCACCUAGCCCGAUUCUGACUUUUCCUAGCCUAGCAGCACUCUCCGUACCGGUGUUGGUUCUGUCAGGAAUUGUCGGACCACCUGGCGCAUGUCUUUGCUGGCUCAAAUUGCUACGUUCGAUGUGCAGGCACAUAACGUCACUUACUGAUAUUGAUAGCAGAGUGUGAAGUCAAUGUGAUAACUCAAAUUACUUUUAGUAACAACUCGCGCCCAAUUG